GGCUUCUCCUGAAGGAGGAGGGGGAGGUUUGGAAGAGUUGAUAUGUCCACCAUCUUGAAAAGUCGCUUAUAGUGCUGAGCAAUUUUCCCGCCUGACUGGAUUGGGUUGUUUCCCCGAUAUCAGAAUACCGGCCUGAAGAAAUUUUGUCCUUAAUGUAGUCGGGAUAACCUGUAAUGGGCCAGAAGUUGAAGGAGCAAAGUGUGGUUUUAUUUUCUUAAUAUUUUACAUUUUAUCAGGCACCUGCUUUCUGUUGGAAUUUGAUGGACUAAUCUUUGCCUCCACCUGCCCCCCGUUGACUGAGAAUCCCCUAAUGUCAUCUAGCUUCGGAGCAACAUUCUGACAUUUCACAGUAACAUGUUUGCCGCACCAAGUAUGUUUUGGAAGUUCGACCUGCAUUCUUCAUCUCACAUAGACACCCUCUUAGAGAGAGAUGAAGUGACACUAAAGGAGUUGAUGGAUGAAGAGGAUAUAUUGCAAGAAUGCAAGGCGCAGAAUCGUAAACUUGUGGAGUUUUUAUUAAAAUCCGAGUGCUUGGAAGACUUGGUGACCUAUAUUACAGAGGAGCCACCCCUAGACAUGGAUGAGAAAAUUCGUUACAAGUACCCCAAUUUGUCUUGUGAGUUAUUAACCUCAGAUGUAUCACAGAUAAAUGACAGACUAGGAGAGGAUGAAUCUUUACUUAAGAGGCUCUACAGCUUCCUUUUAAAUGACUCCCCGUUGAAUCCACUGCUUGCUAGUUUCUUCAGCAAAGUGUUAAGCAUUUUAAUCAGCAGGAAGCCAGAACAGAUUGUAGCUUUUUUAAAGAAAAAAGAUGACUUUGUCGACUUGAUAAUAAAACAUAUAGGUACCUCUGCAAUUAUGGAUUUGCUGCUAAGACUUCUCACGUGUAUUGAGCCACCACAGCUAAGGCAAGAUGUCUUGAAUUGGCUAAACGAAGAGAAGAUUAUCCAGAGACUUGUAGAGUUAGUGCACCCUUCUCAGGAUGAAGAUAGACAUUCUAAUGCAUCACAGUCCCUUUGUGAGAUUAUACGUCUGAGCAGGGAUCAGUUGUUACAAGUGCAGAACAGCCCGGAACCAGACCCUCUGCUGGCCACAUUAGAAAAGCAAGAAAUUUUAGAGCAACUCCUAUCAAAUAUAUUUUUAAAAGAGAAGAAUGAAUCUGCAAUUGUCAGUGCUAUCCAAAUAUUGCUGACUCUGCUAGAAACCAGGCGGCCAGCUUUUGAGGGUCAUAUUGACCUGUGUCCACCUGGUCUCAAUCACUCCGCAUUUUCAGUUAACAAAACGGUCUUGACUGCUAUUCAGGAAAAACUUCCAUCCUUUCACCAGCUACUCCUCGACCCUCCAAAAACUGAUGUCAUGAAGACAACUUGGGGAGUCCUAGAUCCUCCUGUAGGAAAUACUCGGUUACAUGUUAUCAGAUUGAUAGCAAGUUUACUGCAGACAAAUACGCACAGCAUUAAUUUAGAGUUAAUUGAGCUAAACACUAUAGGAGUCAUUCUGGAUAUGUUUUUCAAAUACACCUGGAAUAACUUCCUUCACACGCAAGUUGAAAUCUGCAUUGCCUUGAUUCUUGCUAGUCCUGGUGACAGUACAGACAGCUUGAUCAGCGAACAGAACUCUGUAGGAGAGCAUAUCUUAUUAGGACAUCUCUUUUUGAAAUGCCACUUAAUAGACAGAAUACUUGAAGCAUGGGCCUUGAAUGAAAAAAAACAGUCUGAAGGCGGGCAACGAUGUGGAUACAUGGGACACUUGACAAGAAUAGCAAAUUGCAUAGUUCACAGCAUUGAAAAGGGGCCAAACAGUACACUAGCACAUCAGCUUAUUAAAGAAUUGCCAACUGAAGCUCAGGAAAAAUGGGAGACGUUCUGCACAAGUUCCUUAAGUGAAACAAACAAGAGGAACACUGUAGAUCUAGUCACAACACGACAUAUCCACUCCUCCAGCGAUGAUGAGAUAGAGUUUAAAGAUCCAGGCUUCUCGCAAGAUUCUUCCAUACAGCAGGCCUUUUCUGAUUAUCAGAUGCAACAAAUGACGUCCAAUUUUAUUGACCAGUUUGGCUUCAACGAUGAGAAGUUUGCUGACCAAGAUGACCUUGGGAAUGUCUCAUUUGAUCGUGUCUCAGACAUUAACUUCACUCUCAACGCAAAUGAAAGCGCCAACAUCGCUUUGUUUGAAGCUUGCUGCAAGGAGAGGAUACAGCAGUUUGAUGAUGGUGGAUCAGAUGAGGAAGAUAUUUGGGAAGAAAAAAAUCUUGCAUUCACACAAGAUACUCAAAGAAGAUCCAGCUCAGGAAGCACAGACAGUGAAGAGAGUACAGAUUCUGAGGAAGAGGACUCUGUUAAACAGGGAUUAUUUGAAUCAAGCACAGUCAACCAAGAAGAUAAAAUGGACGUGGAUGCUAAUGAAGCAAGCAAUUGGCCAGCAACCUUUGAUAUCCCAAUGGAAACUGCACAUGUAGCCAAUUUAGAUUCAGUGGGAUCAGAUGUGUGGAGCACAGAAGAGCCAUUGUCUACAAAAGAAACGGGCUGGGCCUCAUUUUCUGAAUUCACAUCCUCGGUUAGUGCAAAGGAAACGGCAAGAAGUAAUUCUCCAGUUGAAAUGGAAACCAGUACAGAGCCAAUGGAUCCACUGAGUGUCAAUACCUCUGCACAAACUGAAAUUACUGUUGCAAUGGAUGCCAGCUCUGAUGGAGAAGAGGAAGUGGAAAACGCUGAUCAGAUGACAGAAACUGUGAUGAAUGGAAGCAUGAAGGAAACCCUCAGCCUUACCGUAGAUGCAAAAACAGAGACUGCAGUUUUUAAAAGAGUGUUGAAAUCCUAUUGUGAGGAAGGGAAACUGUCUACCUCUAAUGACCCAGCCUGUAAAUAUGUUGUGGAGAGCUUUGAUUCCUCUAUGGAAAACCCUCCAGUUUCUCAGCCAAACAGUAGCAACCAAGAACAGAAGACACCAGAGCAAAUUCUUCUAGACGGAGCUCCUGCAAAUGGCCCAGUAUGAUGUGCAAUGCCUAUUGUUGGUGGAAGAUUGCAGACUGAUAUCCGUUGGGAUUCUAAGUGGUGUUACUUGAGGAUAUUGGCAAAGGCCUGCCGGCGCCAGUCACUGCUGCACUAACUUUGCAAGGGAUCAGGACCAGCAACAUUUUAUUUUAUUUUUUUCUUAGGUUUUAAGGUGUUGUACAGACUUGAAAGUGUAAAAAAAAUAUUGCACAUUGCAAAACAAGACUUUUGUGUAUGUUUAUAUUGUAUUGUAUUCUAAACAAAACCGGUGCCCUAUGACUUAAGAACUCACCACUUCAGUAAUAGUGAUACUAUGGUUAAAAUGGUUGUAAAAAUAGUUUUUAUAAAGUGUAUACAAAAAAAAAACUAAUGUAUUUGAAAGCAUAACUAUUUGACAAUUAGUGUGACCAAAGUAUUUACCAGUUCAUGCAUUUAACUUUAUUUUUUGUUCCACAUUGUACAAUAGUCGGUUUUCUCUCAAAAAUAUUCUUUGAUAGAACUCUUCCUGUAAAUGUAAUAAUUGUAUUUAGGUUACCAAAAGCGAUCCAAAUAUGGGUAUUUUUUUUUGUUCCAGUGUUUCAAAUUUUGCAGCAAAUCUUAUCUGGUUAUCCAUUGCUGUAAUUUUUAAUUUUUUUUCUUUUUUAUUGAACUCAAAUGUUUAUUGGUAGAUUUAAGUAUUUAUUACUACAGUUGACAGAUUGUUAUUGUAAAGCCAUAUGUUCUGUCUUGGUUUGCGCAAGUCACAGGUGUAAAGUUUCAGUACCGCGAAAUCUGCUCACCUGACAAUUAUUCAUUUUGGGAGGUUUUUUUUUUUAAUACAUGUUUUUAGUUUUUAAUUUUAUGCUGCUCCCAUAUGACAGCAGGGAAAGCAUUUUAUCAUACAUUUUUAAUAUCCAGAUCAAACUUAAAUUUGCAUGUCAGGUGUUUUCUGUGCCGAUCUGUGAAUUAUUUUUAUAUUCAAGUUAAAAACCAGUUAUUUUUAUUUUAUUUUUUUUGUCCAAAACUGGUUGUACAUAAGUAGUGAUUACAAAAAAAAGCUAAUUCUAUGUAAUUUAUAAUGUUUCUAUAUUCCUCCAGUUCGCCUUCUUGAAGCAGGAAAAGCAAUGUUCUGUUCCCAGUCUGACACAAGCGUUGCCCACCUCUUGCACAUCUUUUUUUGUAGAUGUAAAUCUAAUUUUCUGAAUAGAUUCUUAUUGGUUGUGAGACCUCUCCUAGACAGGUAUUUUGAGAGAAAGAGACUCUACACAGAGGCCAACAAGUUUUAGGCGUAGUCUCCCAUGCAACGUGCCUAAGCAUUACAUUGCAUAUUACAAUAAAAAGAAAAAUAUGCUUUUUUUUUU